UCAAUUGGCAUGGAUUGGCUUAGCUGCAUAAGUGUCUGCUCUUCACGUCUCACAUGACAUGGUUGCUGCCUAUAAAAGAGCCUUUCCUGGCGGCUAUAAUGAUCACACCAAAUCCUUCAAAAUUCCCAUUGUAUAUUUCUCUUUCUAUCCCUUGAGCUUCUCCUUACUUUCCUAAUGGCUGCAACCCAUCUCUCGAAAUGUUCAUUUGUCCUAGCCUUAGCCCUGUUCUUGGCAGCCAUUGCCUCGGCGGAAUACUACAACCCCACUGCUAUUAAUUCAGAGGAAGCUGGUGCUGUAGUUAAGCCUCAAGACAAACCAGAUUACCACAAUGGAUAUGUUUCCACGCCGGCGAUGGAGAAGCUGAAGUCGAGGAUGCACCAGUACAAGCAUGGCUGGAAGCAAGAGGAUGCUGACAGCCACCGACCCGAAUCAGGAAAUGGGUAUGGUUCGAAAUCAGAGAAGCCAUUGGUGCCGGAAGCAGUGAAGCCAAAGGUUAGCUCCGAGAAGAGGGCGUCGAACUAUGGGGCAAAACCGGAAGAUUGGUUCCCGAUCGGCAUUGAAGGAGUUGUUGCGUGCAAAUCAGGAUCUGACUACCGUCCCCUUCAAGGCGCUGUGGUGAGAAUAACUUGCUCGGGCGAGGAGGAAGAGCACAAGGUGUCGUGCUCGACCGACGAGAAGGGAUAUUUCUACAAGACGAUGCCGGCUUAUGGUGGCAAACCAGAGCUGUGCAAGGCAUUCCUGGAGAAAUCGGGGUCUGAGAAGUGCAGUGAGCCUACAGAUGUGAACAAGGGCAUCAAUGGCGCCGCCCUCUCUUCGUACAAAAUUCUCCAUGGCAAGCGCAUCAAGCUCUACCCUGUCGGCCCUUUCUUCUACUCCAUGAAGACGACGACGGCGACGACUCAUGAUGCUGAUGAUCACCCUGCUACUGCUAUAUCCACUGCCAAACCUUACUCCAAAUCUCCAGCAGGCUACUGAUUGGACCCCAGAUUUUUCAUUCUGCCAUUUUCACUAAUGUACUUAUCUAUCUCUUUAGCUUUGUUUUAUUGCAUUUCAUUGGUUCACCAUUGAUUCAAAGAAUCAUUCCUUUGUUUGUUACUCCAAAAUCCCAAAUUUGUAUGACUGCUUCCCUACGAGAAUAUCUUAUAAAAUCAGUAUGAUUGUUGUUGUCUUAAAUUUUGUUUACUAUGUGACACGACACACGAGUAUAGAUCAUA